UUUCGAUACACUUUUGCGCAAAGUGAUCGAUCGCCAUGAAAAGCAGCAGCGACGAGAGGCUGAAGCGCAGUCAUGACAGCUUAUCACCUCAAACUCCAGUGGAUAUCCGCAAGAAGAUGCGCCGGCAAGUUCAAACGGUGUGCGAAGAAGAUAGUGAAGCGAAUGACGUCAUCCCCGCCAGAUUGGCAGUGAAGAGGAAGGUUGACAAGCAUCCGAGCAAGAGAGGAUUUGCCAAAGCAGCGAAACAUGUUGACAGCGAUGACGACGACGAUGCACCCUCGAUUCCCGCGCCAUCGAACUUAUGCCGUGUGAACGAUGUGUUUCAGACCCCGCCAAAGAAGGCAACGUCACGAAGCGUUUUUGAAGAAGCAACUGCCGUUAGUGUCGAGCUUGAGAAACGAGGGUCGCCUGGUGGCGAUACAGGUCCAGUCCUUCCACCACCUGCACGUGUUUUGACGGAAGAGGAAAUGGAACGCCGUCGGCGGAGAAGAAACUCGAAAACGUUCCAGUCGCGGCGAAAGUCGUUGACGCCAAAUGCCAAAGCCAAGCAAUACGUGUCCGAAAUGUACUCGACGAUCAUCAAGAUGUCUUCUGAGAACAAAAUCAACUCGAAGAACUCGUGGUCGCUGCACCUAAUUGAUCACAUUGACGAUAUCCUGAGCGGAAAACGCCAUGAAGAUGAGCUACCUGAAAGCGCCGCUGCUGGCGACACGUACAAUUUUCAAAAGGCCAGCUGCACCCUUGACGCCAGUGUCAAAAUCUACUCAUACCGCGUCGACGACACGUGGAAUACGUCGUUCAAGGUGCUCGAAAACUUGACUCGUGGAGACGAAUCGGCUCAACAUGACGGUGGCGACGACGAAGACGUUGGCGAGCGCCGUGCAACGUCGAAAAAGCUGACGGUGGCAAACACGAUCGAGACGAAUAUGAAGAACAUCAACAUGAAAUCCGUUGACUUGGAAUUUCAAGUCGACCCGCUCUUUCAAAAGAUGUCCCAAGCAUUUGACGAAGGAGGAGCGAAGGGAAUGCUCAUGGUCAACUUGAGUGUGCACAACGGGUGUAAAAUCGUGCUCGAUUCGAGUAACGUCAAGGCAGCGAACGACAGCUCUUCGCAUCAGCCGCCCGUGGAGGACGAUUCCAAGCCUCGGAAAAUGAUCAACAUUUCGGGGCUCACGAAGAAAUUGCGCUCGUCGGCAACGGUUGUUGAAUCGUUUGACAUUUGCCCCAAGCUGGAACACUUUUACGACCAGUUGAAAACUAUGAACAACGAAUACUUUGACAAGAAGAUUUCAGUGCCGCGUUUGGAUGUAACUGCGUCGAGCCACAACCGGCGCUUGACAAUGUUGUCGCAAGGAUUGAUCACUCCACGCAAGACGCCUCGAAAGGAGCUGGAAGCAGCAUCGACCAGCGGGAAGCAGGAAAGGUCGAUGGAGGUUGGUGUUGCAACUCAAGUCGACGAUCACGCCAUGGACGAACCCGAUUUUGGCAUGAGUGGAGACGACGAAAUGGGAGAUUAUGAGACUGGAACUCCCCACAACACUCGUGUCUGCACGGGUCACGAUGAACCAGUCCAUGCAGAAAAUGCUACGACGACCAAGGACGAGCCGGAAGACCAGCCUGUCAUUGCAAAGCCUUUGAACUUUGACGACGAAGAAGACCAAACGGCGUAUUUGCUCGAAAGUGCGCUGAUGCGGUCUGUGAACGCCGAGCAAAUGGACGAUUACUCGUUUUUUGACGCAAAGACGCUCAAGAAUUGGGCCGGUCCACAGCAUUGGAAAGUCAAGCUUCCUGGAAUUCGUAUCAAGAAGAGUGCCGUGCGUAACCCGGAUGGUCCCGCCAAACCUCCUGCCGAGAACGACGACGAGCCAAUCAAGGGCAAAAAACAGUCGAAACAGCGACACCCCACCCCAGGCAAGCUCAACUUUAGUCUCGCACCUGCCCAAGUGGCGCAAGCGCUGAAAAAGCCCAAACAAAAGUCGUCGUUGGAGAUUUCGGCGCCGAUAUUAAAGCGAAACGAGAGCAAGGCGGCCGAGCUUGUCCAUCCUGUCGACAUGCACAUCAAGGUCGAGCGAUUCUACCAACUGUUCACUCGGCCCAGGUCAAAUGUUAUGUUCGCGUCGAUGAUGGCGCCGAACAAGUCCAACACCCACACGACCUACCAUCAACCCACUUCUACAUUCAGCCACGCCCGUCACGACGACGACAACGGCGUCGACUUUGGCGACGGCGGGAACGACUACUUGAACGAUGAGGAUGACUUCCAAGUGUCUGGACUCAUCCAAGCCGAUCGCAUCGUCGACAAGGUCGACAUCCAGUACGAACGGUUUGCCAAACGCGUCGACGUCAAGAAACUGAAAGAAAGCAUUUGGGACUCGCUGCCUUUUCACAACGCUGACGACGACGCAUCCAUCCAAGAGCUCACGACCGGCACGGCCAACCUCGAACUAAACAAGAAGGCCGCCGACGAUGUCGUGUCGUUCGAAGAACUCGUCCACGAAGUCGCGCCGAAAGUUCCGUCGAAUGUCACCGUGUCGUUCUACUUCAUCUGCAUGCUUCACUUGGCCAACGACAAGGGCCUCGAGCUGGUCGGCCAAGACGACAUGAGGGACUUCAAAAUCCUCCAUGACCCGUCCAUCGCGCGCUGAGACCCGUCAGAUACGUACCAGUAAAUAAAUAUCUUGUCAUGGGCCCAAGCAAUCAC